AUGGAACCACUAUUGCUGCUACUCUUGGUCUUAUUACCAACCAUUGUGCUGGUACGAUAUGCCUUCACUUACGGCCAUAGAAUCAGCUCAAUGCCCAUUGGUCCACCUACCCUACCCUUUAUCGGAAACAUCCACCAAAUCACCAAUAAGUACACCCAUAUCAAGUUCACCGAAUGGGCCGCCAAGUAUGGCGGGUUAUACAUGCUCAAGAUCGGAAAUGGCAAUAUGGCCGUGAUCACCGAUCGCCGACUAGUCAAAGAAGUUAUCGAUCGCAAGAGUGGCAUCUACAGCCAUCGACCCCAUUCCUUUGUGUCGCACGAUCUCAUCACUAAGGGCAAUCACCUACUAGUCAUGCAUUAUGGCGAUCAGUGGCGCACCUUCAGGCGACUUGUGCACCAACACCUGAUGGAGACUAUGGUGGAAAGCCAACAUACCGAGAUAGUCAACGCCGAGGCGAUACAGCUGGUGCGAGACUAUAUGGUCGACCCGGAGCACCAUAUGGCCCACCCCAAGCGGUACAGUAACAGCAUCACUAACUCGAUCGUGUUUGGAAUACGCACCGCCACCCGGGAGGGAUCCAACAUGGCUCGACUUUACAAACUUAUGGAGGAAUGGUCGGAAGUGAUGGAAACUGGCGCAACACCACCAGUAGACCUUUUCCCCUGGUUGAAAGUGCUGCCACAGUGGAUGUUUAACAACUAUGUCUCCCGGGCAAAGGCUAUCGGCGUGCAGAUGGAGACUCUAUACGUUGACAUCCUGAAAAAGGUGAUUCAGCGGCGGGAUGAUGGCCACAACAACGGAACCUUCAUGGACAAGGUCCUCGAUGGCCAAGAGAAACAUAAUCUCCCCUGGCACCAGCUGGCCUUUAUUGGCGGUGUUCUAAUGGAAGGUGGCUCAGACACUAGCUCCAGUCUUACACUGGCUAUUGUGCAAGCGUUGAUCCAAAACCCCGAAGUUCAACGAAAGGCGCAUGCUGAGAUUGAUGCCGUAGUCGGCCACGGUCGAUCACCUGUCUGGGAGGACUUUGAGCGACUUCCUUAUAUCAACAUGAUCGUCAAGGAAGGUCACCGGUGGAGACCGAUCCUUCCGCUCUGUUUCCCCCAUGCACUGGGAGAGGAUGACUGGGUCGACGGCAAAUUCCUCCCCAAGGGCACAAUAGUCGUGAUCAACACUUGGGGAAUGCACAUGGAUCCAUCUCAACCUGAUGAUCCAGCUGCUUUCAUCCCCGAGCGCUUUGCCGAACAUCCUAAAUUGUCCCCUGACUAUGUGCCGGGGACAUGGGAGCGUCGCGACCACUACGGCUACGGCGUUGGCCGCCGGAUCUGUCCCGGAAUCCACCUGGCCGAGCGCAACAUGUUCCUGGCCAUUGCCAAAUUGUUGUGGGCGUUUGAAUUCCAGCCGGGAGAGGGCCCCAUGGAUAGUGACCCGGUGACUGGCUACCAUCACGGCUUCCUUUACUGUGCCAAAGAUUACCCUUGUCGACCUGUACUACGCAAUGAGACCAUCCGGAAGACUAUUGAGAGAGAAUAUGCCACUGUGACUGCGGAUGUGUUCUCCCGAUUUACAGAGGGAUAUCAGGAGGGUCGCAUUGAAAUUAUGGAUGGAGCUGUGGUGAAAGAAGAGAAUGAUUGGGUGCUUGCUUUUCUUGUUUCUUCUUUUGUUCAAGAGCUCUCUCUGCUCAAUAAUCGGGGUUACUAUAGCUUUCGGGGCUGA